UUCAGGUUCCCUCAGAGAGAGAGCAGCAAUUUGAUACACGCGUCGUCACGGUGAACUCCGCAGAUAAAGGGUAAAAAAAGCCGUAACAGAAUUAGCCUGAGUGUGAACGCAGUCGUACUGAAGUUUAGGGUUACUGUUGUUAGAGUAGAGAGACAACACCCUGCUUGAAAACCUUACACGCUGAGACAGCAGCUGUGGAUGUCUCAACUACCAGGAAAUGCAGGUGUAUCGCUGCUCGGGGACAAGUCCCUGGACUUCUACCGGGACCCGGCGAGCUUCUGCAGACACAAGAUGGAAAAACACGGGAGCAGAGUGUUUCAGUGUCGCCUGCUCAACAGACCGACCGUCUUCAUCUGCUCCGUGGAUGGCAUGAGAGAGUUGCUGUGUGACAAGUCCAAUGUGUUUCUGAAGGAUCCAACUGAUUUGAUGACAAACGUGUAUGGGGACACAAUUGUCACCACAAACGGUGAGGAGGCCUGUCUCCUCCGUCUGUCCUUCACCAGCCUGUUAACGGGAUCUGGUAUGGAAACAUCAAGAGAUUAUAUUUACAGUGUGUGUGAGCGCUCUCUGAAGGAUCUGUCACCCAGUGGGCAGCCGGAGUGUGUGUACUCCGCAUUCAAACGCCUGGGGACGGAGUUGGUGUUGGGGCUUUUCCUCAAUGUACGCGCAGAAGAGCAGCCUGAAUUUUUCGAGGAGAUCAUGCAGCUCUGCACCCAGCACUGGCAUGGUCUGAUCUCUGCUCCAAUAAACGUGAAAAUUCCGUUGUGGUCGUCAGGUUUCUCUACGGCUCUGGAUGCCAGAGACAAACUGAUGAACAUAAUCAAAAACAAACUGCAGAAUGACACACAAGGUUUUGUCAGCUCUCUUGGCUCUUUACCACUGCCUGACUCCAGUUCUGCUGCCCAGCAUCUCCUGCUGUUCAUUUCAGCGCUCAUUCCUAAAGCUCUGGCGUCGCUGCUCACCUCCUUCACACUUGCUCUCAGUGGAAAUGAACAGGUGGAGACCCGUCGUCAAGCGUUAGAAGACCCUGAUUACCUGCACCGGGUACUUCUGGAAGUGCAGAGACUAUGGCCGCCUUUCAUAGGAGGACGCAGAAUAGCGGACCGGGACUCCACCCUUGCAGGGUUUCAUGUCCCUAAAGGUCAUGGUGCAAUCUACAUCAGCCACUCUGUGCACCUUGACCCAGAAGUCUUCCAGCAGCCUGACAGCUUCCUGCCGGAGAGAUGGAGCGGGAGGAAUGCAGGUCAGGAGCACUUCUUGUGUUCCUUCGGCAACGGACCUAGGAGCUGCAUCGGAGUUCAGCUCACUAAUGUCUUCCUCAAGGAAGUGUGCAUGUACCUUUUAAAGCAUUAUGACUGGCGGUUGGACCCUCCGUCACAGGACCUCGAGUACAAAUGGCUGCCUGUGUCUCGCCCGGCCAACCCCCCCACUGUGUCCUUCACCCGACUGGAUCAGACCGUAUCUGGCAGACAUAACACCGGGGAUGGACAGCAUGUUUGACGAUGGACCAGCUGAGCAAAAAUAUAUAUAUAUGAAAUGUUCGUGACAAGAUAAGGACAUCAGACACGCAGGGGGAAGCCAGAAACAUGGGAGGCUUCCCCCCUCCCAACUCUGCAGAACUGUAAUCAUCCCGGGGAAAGCCGAGGACUGUGCCCGUUUCACUCUGUCUAUUCCUCUGUCAGAUAUUCUGGAGGUUCCUUUGAUUGCUCUGCAAAUAAAGCAGGAUAGACGAGCCAUUCUGUCGUUGCUGAAUCUGAAAUCACUAGGCUGAGACUUUUGUGCUGUCUUUUAAAAUAAAUG